CUGGCUCUACUAUAUAGCAAAAAGAAAAAAGUUUUGGUCACCAAACUCUAUGUACAUAAGGUAUGUAAACUUACACAUUAGGAAAACUCACGUGAUCUGUAUUUUUCUACUUUUGCUCUGUAAUUUAUGUCGGAUCCAGAUCUGUUUGGAGAAUGAAGUAUUGGUUCACUAAAAUACUCAAGAGGCACUGAUUCUAGGGGGAGAUUUUCUAUUGACUUGAGUGAAUUGUGAAUCAGAUCCAAGGAGAUUAAUCCAGCUCUUUCUGCAGCCAGUAAGAAAUUGUGUGAUACUGGGAUAUGACAUGAGGUCAUUUCCAGGUCUCCACUAGAAAUCAGGUAAGUGGGCUUUUGAAACUCCCCAGGCACGGAAAAGCGACAGAAGCUGCUUUCAGGGAAAGUCGCAAGGAUGUGUGAGUCACUCCCGAAGUAUCAGGAAACGAUGCAAGGUGGGGCUGUGACAUGCACUGUGGUCAGCAGAUCAGAGAGAUGAGAGGAGAGAGCAUGAUCAAUGCCACUGGGUGUUUGGCAAUCUCGGUCUAAUUGAGAUUAUUUGGAGGCUGAAAACCUGAUUGGGUUUGGGUGUACCCUUCUAAAGAUAACCAGAGUCUCAUCCCUAGAAAAUGGGUCGUCUAUCAUACCAAAUUGUGAAGCAUAGUCUUAUUAGUCUUUCUCUAACAAAAUUAAUGGCUUUUGAAAAUUCGUUAUAUUUAACUGGUUAAGGCUGACAAAGAUAGAAACAAUCAGAAACACUGAUGCUCAGAAGUGCCGACAUUUUGGGUAGCAGAUAUUGCUACGUUUAUCAUUAUAUUAUAGACUUGCUCAGGAACUUUUUGUUAGGACAGCUUAAGAAUGUUUGCAUUCAAUUUUUUUUUUGUCAGACUUCAUAAUCUGUGUAGAAUGAAACCUUGAAAGAACUGUAGGAAGAGGACAAUAUUGAGAAAUUAUGUACAGUACCUUGUCCAUAAUGUGUUUCAGAAGAUCCUAUGUUGUCACAAAUAGACACAUGCUGCUGCUCAAAGGACUGUAAUAAAACUAGUGCUUCUGUGUAUUUUUCCUGCCAGUUUGAAAACCACCAGAAAACAGGAACCUUUGCUUAACGAAAUGAAACACAAUCUGGUGUGUCAGACACCUCCCACUGUCACUGUUCAUGUAAAAUCGAGUGCAUCCAGAUCACAUCAGCAAAAAAAACUUGCUAGACUAAAGCGACCUGCUUUUAAAGACCAUCAAGAAAAUUGUGAAAAAGGGGUUCCUAGUCAGAAAUAUAAAUGUCCCAAGGGACCAUGUCUAGUUAUUCAGCGUCAGGAAAUGACAGCUUUCUUUAAAUUAUUUGAUGACGAUCUAAUCCAAGACUUCCUUUGGAUGGACUGUUGCUGUGAAAUUGCAGACAAGUAUCUCUUGGCAAUGACUUUCGUUUAUUUCAAGAGAGCUAACUUCACACCAAGGGAGCAUACCAGAAUCAAUUUCUUCGUGGCUCUGUAUCUGGCAAACACAGUUGAAGAAGACAAUGAAGAAGCAAAGUAUGACAUUUUCCCAUGGGCUUUGGGCAAAGCCUGGAGAAAGCUCUUCCCCGAUUUCUUAAAGUUAAGAGAUCAACUGUGGAGUAGAAUUGACUACAGGGCUAUUGUAAGCAGACGCUGCUGUGAAGAGGUGAUGGCUAUAGCUCCAACACAUUACAUCUGGCAGCGAGAACGCUCUGUGCACCACAGUGGAGCUCUGAGGAAUUACGAUGAUCAAGUGCAGCUGCCCCGAGGACCCAGCGCUACUCCUACAGACUGCCAGCUCUGCGGUAAGAAAGGCAGAUUUGUACGACUCGGAUUAUCAUCUUCCUCCUCAUCUACUGACACUUUGGAGAUGAUGGAAUUACACUCAUCCCAGAAGCUGAAGGACACCUUUUCAAAUGAAAAAAUGCUCGUCGACUCUCCUUCUUAUAAAGCCCAAGAUUGUCAGAGCCUGUCCAGGAAAAGGCAACCAUGUAGCAUCCUGGAUCAAGAUAAGUCCAUGGACUGGUUUACAAGCAAUGGAGAAUAAAAUGCACUGAUAAGACAGAAACAGAUACUGUGCUUUGCAGAACAAUCUGGGCUGC